CAGUAUACGAGGCAGAGCAUCACUAGUAGAAAGUAGAUUGCUAAUAAAUUAGUCACGUUUCUUGAGAAUCAUUCUCCAUUGAUUUGACGUACCUACGGACCUGUGAUGGCAACCUAGUAGUUGAGGAGCAGAAUACUCGAGAAGCCAUCAAGUCUAAUGUAAGCGCUGUUGACAUGCCUUGGGGCGCCUAGUGCCAGGCCGGUUUCUCAAACCCCUCCGUGACAUUAAAAACACACAAUAAAGACUAUUACGUACACUUGAUGGUAUUUCUUUUUUCCACUCCACAUAUUAUUGUUUAUGAAGACUGCGUAGCCAGUAACAACUCCUAACGACUGACCAAAGGAUAUCACAAAUCAAUAUUACUAGGCUACAAUCAACUGGUUUUCAAACACUUCAUCUAUGCCUAUUAAAUUUGCCCAUCAAUAUAUAUAUUGACAAUGCGGAACGAAAAAAAUGGCUGGCCAAUAUACAACGCAACACUACUCAUUACACACAGGGAAGACUUAACUAAUCAUUACCAUAGAAAAAAACAGCAAUACCCCCACGAGAAAGAAAUCAUAAUAUAAGAUGGAUAACCAAAGUUCCUCCUCGCCAAGUCAAUUAAGAAGGCUGCUUGUCGGCAACCGAGACCAGAUAUUAGUAAUCGACUUCGAUGGCACCCGCUUUUCCAUUGUUGGGAGGCAUACGCAAGAGAAUUUGGAUGCCGGGUUGGCUCCUCUUCAAAGAGCCCAACCUGUUAUACGUUGUGAAUUCGAUAGGGUUCGAUACCAGUUUAUUCAAGCUUAGCGAUCACAAGCUUAACUUGAUCUCCAGCGCAACGGCGUCGGAGGGCGGUGUUGACCUCGAAUUCAUCCACGACAAAACCCGUAUGGUCGAAGCUUGCUACCGGAGCGGGAUGAUUGACAUCUGGGAUACGUCAAAAGCUGACGGCACCCUUAAAUAUAUGAAGAGCCUUUCACCACCCGGCAAGCCUACUCCUCCUCGAAACCACCACCGGCCCCACCAAGCUGUCCUCGAUCCAACUGGCCGCUUCUUUGUCGUACCAAACCUUGGGGGAGACACAUUGGUAGUUAUAGAUUCGGAAGAUGACAGAUACGAGAUCACAGGGUGUACUACUGUACCAGCCAACGUCGGUCCACGUCGUGUUGCAUUCAUUAGAAGAGACGAGAAACUGUUUCUAAUCAUGGUGGGAGAGGUUUCAAACGAGGUCUUUUUGUAUGAGACCGACUAUUCCAACGAUACACUGCAGUUCAACGAAAUCGAGCGGCAAAGCACGUACGGAAAUUCGCCUCCAAGUAACGGGUCUGCAGCUAAAGUGGCUGAAUUGAUGGUUUCUAAUAACCAGACAGAUGUUUACAUCUCGAAUCGGGUCACAGGUGAGACGACAGACCAUAUCGCUCAUUUUGAAUUUGGGGAGCUUUACAUGGUCCACAUCUUCAAUACAUAAGACGUGUCUCGAGUGGCGGACAACUGCCUAGGGUGUUUUGUCUUAGCCCGGAGUUUGAGCAAGAAAUAAUGUUUGUAGGGAACGAGACAGGCGGAGCUGGCCUGGUUGCGUUGAUGCGGGACGAAUGGGGACAUUUGGACAAGGUUCCCAUUGCAACAAUGCCAAACUCUGAACUUGUCGUUGCUGGCCGUGAUAAAAGCAAGAUUAGCGGGCCACAAUCUAUGACGUUUAUGUAAACAUUUUGACAAUGGAUGAUGACACAAAAAAGACCAAAUUGUCAAUCAUAUGCCUGAGAUUUCUUAGGUUACUAUGUCAUUUUUUAAACCCA